AUUAAUUCUUUUCAAAACCUAUCAUCAUGACAACACUUUCGCAAGGUGAUCAACAAAUGAUAAUAUUCGAAGAUGAUACUCGCGAUCAAACGAUGUUUUUGGAAGUAGCAAAUCGUUUUCAAAAACGAAUGAAGUUUGGUUGGGAGACUAGUUUCGGACCAUUGCUCAAAGUGAAUCCGCCGGUUGGCAUAAUGGAGCCAGGAGAGACUAAAUCGUUUGAAAUUCAAUUUAAUGGAGGUCAUCUUCCAAAUACGGAUGUGAUGGAUGCAGAUCACUCGGUGAAAAUGUGGUUGACGCCGGCGGAAACUAGAAAGAGAAGCUUAGAGAACACAACAGUCCAAGUUCCGAUCAUUUUUGCUGUUCAUGUGCAACCGAAGUGUGUUAUGGAAUUUGAGAACUGUACCAAAAACUGAUUAUAAGUCAAUAAACUAUUUCGAUUCACUGUUAAAA